UCGCAGUCUGAGAAAGGUGCCUGCCCUGGUGGCAUGGAGGGUCUUACAGAAUUGGAGUCUAAGAAAACUUUGCUUCCAACUGCAAGUAAUCAGCAGAGUGUCAAUCAAACAGAGGACGAUUUCGAGUUAUGGUUGGAGAAGUCCGCCCAGAGUCUGAACCAAAGCUGGGUCGAUUUGCUGGAAGAAGAAGAAGAAAGCCACGUCGAAGAAAUCAAAAAAUCGCCUGUGAAAAAAGUUGCUAGUCCUAAGUCGAAGCCAAAGAGACCAAUGCCGUAUGCGCUACGCAAUCCUGUAACCUCGCUUCAGCCAAAGUCACCGCUGAAACGCAAGGCAACGGACGAUAUCGGCUACCGCUCGCCAAGUAAGUGGCUGAAGGUGCGACAAAAGAAGUACUUGCACGAGGAAGAUACGCAAGACAGCCCUGCUGAAGAAGAAGAUAUAAGACGCGUGCAACCACUGAUUCGUUAUCCGUUGCCUGAAAACUGGCAAGAACCGAAGAAGGGAUGGGAAGAUGAUCCGAAUGUCAUAAAACGCAGGGAGAAGGACCUUGCCAAAGGUUACAAUACCGAGGCGUAUAAAAUGUACAGAGAGUCUGUACCGCGUGAUACAUCGAUGGUUUCCAGUUCUGGUACGGAUACCAGCUUUUCAGAGAGCGACUGCAGUGUUUCUGAAGGAUUGUCGAUGUCAGUCGACAGUGAUCAAAACUCCAUAGACUUGGACCUUAGUUCAGUAAGCACUGAUGAACUGAAUUUUCUGAUUGAUGACGAAAAAACCUAUCAAGCUCCCGGAACUACCGAGGACACAUUGACGGCUUCGCAACCCCAUGGCAAAGGACCGGUUGACUUUUCAGUGCUGAUCAAAUCCGGUAACUGA